AUGGCGCUGCGCAUUGGACCGACCCUUCGAGGUGGAAAGGGAAAGUACGAGCUGCUGGAACAGUUGAAAGGCUCUACAGCCUUCAAAGCGAGAGUGGUGUCCAGCCACUCACCCAAGCAGAAUGGCAUGAGUUUCUGUAUCGAAGUGUUUCAUGAAUCGACCGCUUAUUAUUUUUUUAGGGCUGUAGUGAAAUCUGCUAUUACGAAUGAUGAAAUCUUUACGUUGAAGCGUGAAUACCGCAAUUACCAGAAAGUUGAAAUCGCCUCGCGUCCACACAUUCGAACUCCGUACGAUGUCGUAUGGCCAAAUGACACUCAAGAAGACCAGUUGCAUUUGCUAUUUGAAUGGAUGGAUCGUGACUUGCGGUUGGUGCCAGCCAACGUGUUCCGAGGCGAUCAGAGGCUGCCUAGAGCCGUGUCCAAAGCAGUCUUGUCGGCUCUGAUCAUUUUCAAACAGCUUAACGUCGUCCACACAGGAAACUUGGUUUCCGAGGGUUCUACACAAUGUGUCCAGAGCCUGCCAUGCAGAGCCCCUGAGGUGUGGCAGGGCUUGGGAUGUCAACAUCGCUCAGAUGUAUGGUCACUUGGUGUUACUUUGGUGCAUUCAUUAUCUCCGCAAACGAUCUUCGGUCCUAGAGACAAGAUUAUCGAAGGUUUUACCGAAGCGUGGUGCAUCGCGAAAAUCAUCCGUCUCCUCAGCCCGCGACUCUCGGAUCCCCCUGUGUUACCGCAACUAAUGAACUUCAUCGAGUAUUUGCUCGUCGUAGACCCCAGCAAGAGGCCAAUGGCUUCAGAGGCGCUCCUGCACCCCUACCUACAAUCUUCUCCGUAA